AUGACGGAAGACACGCCAGCAGGCCAUCCUUCGCCGUGCAACUUUUCUGCAGCCCCCCCCUCGCAGCAGCAGCAGGCGAACGUCUACUGCGUUGGCAUUGAUUUGGGGAGCAGCAGCAGCGUCGUGGCAUGCGCAAGCCCCUCCAAUCCUCAGAGUGUCAGCAUAGAAGUCAACCGACUUGCAAACAGAGCGACACCGAGCGCCGUGGCCUUUGAUGGCAUUACCAGGGCAGUUGGCGAGGAGGCUGAAUCGCGUCAGUUUUCGCUUGUUGGAGGCUGCCUGCAAAACUUGGCUGGCUGGCUAUCCAUACGCUCACUUGCCGACGCAGAGGCCUUCUUCAACAGAUUCUCCUUCUUGUUGAAGCCUCAAGUCGAGGAGACACCCCAAGGGCUUGCAAUUGUAAUCCCAUGCGCAGAUGGGGAAACAAAGCGGCUUCCCAUAACUCUUGCCAUUGGUCACUUUGUCAAGACUUUGAUUUCGUUCGCCGAGGCAGGGCGUUCCAGCGGUUUGUCUGCAGCGAGAACAAACUUGCAGGGAGCAAGGAAGCCAGCAGCCUUGACCAUUGCGCUUCCUUGCAGCCACGUCGAGGCUGCAACAGAGCAGCUGCUGCUUGCUGCCGCAGCGACAGGGGUUCAUGAGGGCGUGACUGUGUCUGUUCUCACUCGCGCUGCUGCCCUCGUGAACUGCUGGUGCGCUCGCCACUUGCCGGGAGCUUUCCUAGAUCUCCAGCAGCAGGAGCAGCUGCCAGAGGCGCAGCAGCUGCAUAUAGGCAUUGUAGAUGUCGGCUUUGCAGAGUGCGUGGUUCAAAUCUUCCGUCUGGAAAAGAAUGGAGACGAUGAGAUUCACCCCACAGUCCUCGCCGUGGAGUACAACGGGAAUCUAGGAGUCGCUGAGGCAAUCACAGUGGUGGCGGAAGAUGUGGCUGCAGAGGUGAAGCGUCUGUACCGCCAGGAUGUGCAAAAACACUCAAAGAAGUCUGCGCGUCUUUUUGCUGCGGCGUCUCUCAGCGCCACCAUUGCUGCGGCACUGAAGCAGUGCGACCUUUCUCCGGAUGCAGUCGUGGCUGUGGAUGUUGUGGGGGGAGGCUCCCGCAUCCCCUGGGUUGCUGCGGUCGUCAACAAGGCCUUUUCAGGGGAGGAGCAGCAGGAGGAGCAGCAGCAGGAGCAGCAGGAGCAGCAGCAGGAGCAGCAGCAGCAGGAGCAGCAGCAGAAGAAGAAGCUAAGACGGACGUUGGAUGGUGCCAGUUCGGUAGCUAUGGGGGCAGCGAGCUUUGCCGCAGGCCUAACGUUCGUCUCCCCCGUAAUUGAUGCCGAGGAGAUCCUCAGAAAUAUCCAAGGAGAGCUUCUGAAGACUCUUCAAGAGGACGACAGCAAACUAGGAGCCAUAGAGGCUGCGGAAGUGCGGCGACUCGAGAAAAGAAACAUCCUCGAGGCGUAUCUGCUGGAAAUCCAAGCCGCAGCGCGAGGACCCCAAGGGGCCCCCCUAAACAAACCUCACAUCAAGGAGAUGCUGAAGCAGAAGGAGCACUGGCUUUUGGAUAACGACUGCGCAACGGCAGACGCGUACGGCGAGGCGUUGCAGCAAGUCAAAGACACCCUCGAGAAGGACUGCAGCGAAUACUUCGCCGCAGUCGAAGCGGAGAGGCAGCAGAAGGACAGAGAGCUCGAGUCGCAUGCCGCCGCUGCAGGAGGAGCUGACGCAAAAGAAGACAUGGACGUGAAACUCCCCAAUUCUCAGUGCAUCAAGAGAGCGAAGAAAAACAAGGACGAGGCAAACGAGCUUUUUAAAGAUGGAAAUACCGAGUUGGCCGUUCAGCGCUAUGUCAAGGGCUUACAGUAUCUGGCCAAGGUUUUUGAUUUGUCUCCGCAAGAGAAGGAAGAAACAGAAGCCAUUCGGCUGUCGCUCCACCUAAACCUGGCUCAAGCAUAUCUGCGGCUCACUGGCCAGAACCCGAAGGCCCCUCAAUACGAGGCUUUUGCCAAAAAGGCACUCGCCAGUUGCGACGCCGCACUUGAGCAAGACCCGCAAUGCGUGAAGGCCAUGUACCGUCGUGCCGUAGCAAAUGAACGGCUCAAGGAAUACACAGUCGCCAUGGCAGACGUGAAAAAGGCGCUGAAACUGCUUCCCGAGGACGCCGACUUUUUGAAGCUGAAGGAUCGGCUAGAGGCACGAAUCAAGGCGGAAAAGGAGCAGCAAAAGAAGGUGUACUCUAGGAUGUUUGGAUAG